GAAAAAAUAAACAAACAUUUUCUGGAUAUUUCUGGAAAUGACUGGUCUAAGUAACGACGAUUUCGAGGACCAGCUGGAUAACUUCAUUAUUCGAAAGCCAAGAGAAGAGCAAAGAACAUAUUCGGCUGCACGCAAGGAAUCAAAAAGCGGUCAAAAGAUUCAUGAUCAUAUUCCUUUACUUGUGGGCGAUAUAUUGCGAUCAACUGCUCAUCCGGAAGAUGAAGCCGUAUUUACGCUUUCCAAUCCUAGCACACUAAAUUAUCGCACUUGUCUAGUGUAUGGUUAUGUGGCUGGUCGAGGUGUCCAUAAUAAACACUUCCACAAGUAUUUUAUCGAUGACGGAACUGGUCUAAUGGAAAUUAGUAUAAGCAUUAAACCCAAGGAACAAAAAGUAAUCACUAAUCUUCAUAAUGAAGCUGCCGCAUUGGUUAGCACCUCUGAAUUGAACUACAAGAAGAUUUCGUCCAUCAUGAUACGACUGCUUAGCAAAGCUAUGGAAUACAUUGACGGCUCCUCGAUAUUACCAGGAAGUAAUAUAAUGUUGUUUGGACGUCCCAAUGUUUAUAGAAAUACAAUAUCUUUAGACAUUAUCUCAUUCACAGUCGACAACGAAAGAUCUCGCAAACUCGAAUUAGCAUUUUCAGACUGUUUGUUAGAUUAUUAUCAGAGUUAUAAGAAUAAAUAAAAAAAUAACUAUUAUAAUAAUAAAGAUUUGGUCAAAUCGAAUUGCCAUUUUCAGACUGAUUGUUAGAUUAUUAUCAGAGUUAUAAGAAUAAAUAAAUAAAAAACGGCAAUGCA